AUGCUUUUCUUCGGCCUCAUCAUCCCCACCCUUGCCGUCCCCAUCAAGCAUUGGUUUCACCUGAUGUAUACCCCAAAGGGACAAGUGGCCGACUUUACAUCCACCGCCAAUGUUACUGGGACUCCCUGCGGCAAUGUCAUCAGUAGCACUCCCAAUGCCGGCAGCAUAAACGGGGAAUACAUCGUGCGUCAAGCUCAGGCCAUCUGUGGCAGCGCUCACCUCAACUACUGUAACAGAGUCGAGAAGAAAGUACUGGGUACCGUCAGCGGAGCUCUUCUAGCCGGCACCAUCCCUGGCACUGAUGAUCUAGUCGUUCAAUGUUUACCACUCGAUAUGCUUCUUCAUGAUGCUCAGAUCCCGUUCAGGGAGGCGUGUGAUGGAAAGGCAGCUUGCUGUCUGGGAGAUAUCAGUCAGAGUGGAUAUGUCAAUCUUGGGUGUAUCAUGCUUAGUUUACUCGCUGAAGGACACUAA